AAGAACACGGCUGCAGAGCACAAUGUCGAUGCUCAGCCCAAUCCUUCAGCCCCCGGAGGUGAAGGAGUAUCUGUCCAAGGGGGAGCGAUUCAUCAAGUGGGAUGACGAAACAGCAAGUGCUUCUCCUGUGAUCCUUCGGGUAGAUCCAAAGGGCUUCUACUUAUACUGGACCUACCAGAAUAAGGAAAUGGAAAUUUUGGAUAUAACCAGCAUCCGAGAUACUCGAGCAGGGAAGUUUGCCAAAAUCCCCAAGUGCCAGAAGCUUCGAGAAGUUUUUAACUUGGAUUACCCACACAGCACCUUCCUGCUUAAGACUCUGACUAUUGUGUCUGGCCCAGACAUGGUGGAUCUCACUUUCCAUAACUUUGUGUCCUACAAGGAGAAUGUUGGCAAGAGUUGGGCUGAGGAUAUCAUGGCCAUUGUUCGGAAUCCCCUCACGUACAAUGCUUCCCGAUACACCUUCUUAGAGAAAAUCCUGGUAAAGUUGAAGAUGCAACUUAAUGCAGAGGGAAAAAUUCCUGUUAGGAAUAUUUUUCAGAUGUUUCCUGCAGAUAGGAAGCGGGUGGAAGCAGCUUUAAGUGCUUGUCAUCUUCCCAAGGGCAAGAAUGAUGCUAUCAACCCAGAGGACUUCCCUGAGACUGUGUAUAAAACUUUCCUUAUGAAUCUGUGUCCCCGGCCUGAGAUUGAUGAGAUAUUUACCUCACACCAUUUGAAAGCUAAGCCCUACAUGACCAAAGAGCACUUGGCAAAGUUUAUCAACAAGAAGCAGCGGGACUCUCGCCUCAAUGACAUCCUUUUCCCACCAGCUAAACCUGAGCAGGUGCAGAGCCUGAUAGAGAAAUAUGAGCCCAGCGGGAUUAACAUCCAAAGAGGACAGUUGUCUCCUGAGGGGAUGGUCUGGUUUCUCUGCGGCCCCGAGAACAAUGUGAUAGCACUGGACAAGUUAGUGCUGUACCAGGAUAUGACCCAGCCACUCUCACACUACUUCAUCAAUUCCUCACACAACACUUACUUAACAGCUGGCCAGUUUUCCGGCAUCUCAUCUCCCGAAAUGUACCGCCAGACGCUGCUGGCCGGCUGCCGCUGCGUGGAGCUGGAUUGCUGGAAGGGCCGGCCCCCAGAUGAGGAGCCCAUCAUCACGCACGGCUUCACCAUGACAACCGAGAUCCUCUUCAAGGAUGCCAUYGAGGCCAUAGCAGAAAGCGCUUUCAAAACAUCUCUCUACCCUGUUAUCCUGUCCUUCGAAAACCAUGUGGACUCGCCCAAGCAGCAAGCGAAGAUGGCUGAGUACUGCCGGACCAUAUUUGGUAACAUGCUGCUGACAGAGCCCCUGGAAAAAUACCCAUUGAAGCCAGGAGUUCCCCUACCAAGUCCUCAAGAUCUCUUAGGGAAAAUAUUGAUUAAGAACAAAAAGAACCAGUCUGUGUCAGGAAAGAGGCAGAAUUCCUUGAAGAAGGGGAGAAAUGUAGAACCAGAAAUCACCGAGCUGCCAGCCUCUAUGGAUGGGGAAGAUACAGUCUGGGCAGGCGACGUGGCUGAAGAGGAGCCAGAGGAAGAGGAGGAACAACUGGGAAACCUGGAUGAAGAAGAAAUUAAAAAGAUGCAGUCAGAUGAGGGCACUGCUGGGUUGGAAGUGACGGCGUACGAGGAAAUGUCCAGCCUAGUUAAUUACAUCCAGCCCAUCAAAUUUGACUCCUUUGAAGUCUCUUCUCAGAAGAACCGGAGUUACGUCAUCUCUUCCUUCACAGAAUUGAAGGCUUAUGACCUGCUAACCAAGUUCCCUCUGCAGUUUGCAGAAUAUAACAAGCGACAAAUGAGCCGGAUUUAUCCCAAAGGCACCCGGAUGGACUCCUCUAAUUACCUGCCCCAGAUGUUCUGGAAUGUGGGCUGCCAGAUGGUGGCACUGAACUUCCAGACCAUGGAYGUCCCCAUGCAGCAGAACAUGGCUCUGUUCGAGUUCAAUGGGCAGUGUGGCUACCUGCUGAAGCACGAGUUCCUGCGGCGCCCAGACAAGCAGUUUGACCCCUUCUCCGUGGACCGCCUGGAUGUGGUGGUGGCCAGUACCCUGUCUGUCACGAUCCUUUCUGGGCAGUUCCUCUCAGACCGCAGUGUGAAGACCUAUGUGGAAGUGGAGCUCUUUGGGUUGCCCAGGGACACCAAGCGCAAAUACAGAACCAAGCUGACCUCCACUGCCAACUCCAUUAACCCUGUAUGGAAAGAGGAGGCUUUUGUUUUUGAAAAGAUCAUGAUGCCCGAGUUGGCAUCUCUCAAACUUGUGGCCUGGGAGGAAGGAGGGAAGUUCAUUGGGCACCGUGUCAUUCCCGUUAUUGCUGUGCAUUCAGGAUAUCACCACGUUUGUCUCCGCAGCGAGAGUAACAUGCCACUCACUAUGCCCUCGCUCUUUGUGUACCUGGAAAUAAAGGACUACGUUCCUGACGCAUGGGCAGACCUGACUAUUGCUCUCUCCAACCCAAUUAAGUUCUUCAGUCUCCAAGACAAGAGAUCAGUGAAGCUAAAAGAGGGCUCGGGCUCAGUGAAGAGGCCUGAAGCACACAGAAGCUUCCCUUCUGCUGAAACUAACGGGCUGCCCGAGUUCACCGGGAAAUUCCAUAUUCCCUUUUCAAACGGACCUGCAGGAGCAGCAGCUUUGGCGACAGAUGUGAACGUGAAAGCAGCAACCCAAAUUGCAGAGCCACAGACAGCUAGCCUUGAAGAACUGCAGCAGAUGAAGCUCUUUCUGAAGCUGCUGAAGAAGCAGGAGAAGGAGCUGAAGGAGCUAGAGCGGAAAGGAAGCAAACGCAAGGAGGAGCUGCUGCAGAGAUAUUCCGCCUUCUUUUUGGAGCCUGUGUGCCAUGGAGGCAAGAAAAGGAUGAUAUAUCCUGGAAAAACUCAGAAGAAGAAAAGGAGCAUCACCACAGAUGACCUUGGUACAUGGGCCAGUGCUGUAGAAACAGCAGAAAACACUGAGUGCCGAGUUCUGGAGCUGAGGGACAGGCUGGAGAGGGACCUCAUGCACCUAGGGGAGGAAUACCACAACGGGGUUCGAAAGAAGAAGGAGCAGCAUGCCACAGAGCAAGUUACCAAGAUAACAGAGCUAGCCAAAGAGAAGCAGACAGCUGAGCUGAAGGCACUGAAGGAAGCAUCAGAAAGCAAUAUUAAGGAGAUAAAGAAGAAGCUGGAAGCAAAGAGAGUGGACCGAAUACAAGCCAUGAUGAGAAACACCAGUGACAAGGCAGCUCAGGAGAGGUUAAAGAAGGAGAUUAAUAAYGCUCAUAUUCAGGAAGUAGUGCAGACUAUCAAGCUGGUGACAGAAAGGACAGACAGAUACCAACGGAAACUGGAAGAGAAGCAGACGGAUAAUCUGAAAAAAAUCAAGGAGAAGGAAAGCCAGCUCCAGCAGGAGGCAAUGGUGGAGUACAAAGAGAAACUGAAAAGCUUGGCCGUGGAAGUGCAGGCGACGGUGAAGAACUGGCCACAAGCAGCCCUUCCUGCAGAGCCACGGGUGCAGAGGGAAGCUGUUCUGAGCAACACCCAGGAGGAGCGAGGCUCUGCAGAGCACCGGGCAGACCCCAUCCCAGCAGCAGAGGUGUCGACGCUUGCGGGAGCCGUGGCUGAACCCGUGGGGGCUGAGGCAGCAGCCGAGAUUGAAGAAAGCCGAUUUUGACAUAGGCUUCCCUUGCUCACCGCUUCAUUUCCAGAAGGAUGGUUACCUGGAAGACGCCUGAAAUCCUUCAGGGAUUACUACUUUAUUAUCCUAGCUAUGGGAGGGAAGCAGGCUGAAGGGCUCAUCCUGCAGAGAAGGCUUGAAUUCUUGGUUUCCCUAGCCUUAGCAGCGAGGUGUUUCAGUGGUAUGAAAAGGCCUGGGAGUGAAGGUGAACGAGCACUUACUGUGGAUCCAGAGCUCCGUUUUCAGGGCAAGUUUCCUGGCAGUUCUGCUCCCACCACAGAGUAGUCUUUGAACUGAAUCACUCUAAAGGAAAAUUAAUUGAAAGACACUCUCGGGUAGCUCACCUUUUCGCUCCAGCUGAGAGGUGGCCCAGGCUAAACUCUCUGUAAAGACAGYGUGGGCAUCAGCUCUUCAGCAAAACCUGUUCUGCUCUGAAGUACCUAUCUACUGGUGACACUACUUGCUAAGGCAGUUGCAGCCUCUGUUUAUAGGUGGAAAGGUUUGAUAGCAGCUCAUAUUACUUUUUGUCAGCACCUCCUUGCACAACCAGUGCUGGCUUUUAAAAAGGUCCCUCUCUGCACAGACACAYGAGGACAGUUUCAGUGUGUUGGCAUCCACACAACACCAUUUUCUCCUGAGGAAAUGUGCACCACCAGUGUGGUUGCUUUGCUUUCUUUUCAGCCUUGUCUCCAUUCCUUGCAGCUGUUUCUCACUGCUGAUUCUAACUUGAUGACUCUGGGAGGGGCCUUCAGGCAAGUUCUCAGAUGUGCAGCUGACCCCUCUUGAAGACCAGGGAGUUUUCAGGUGGCUCCUCAGCCAAUGCAAGACACACCAGAAGUAACCUGAGAACCCUGUGACUUGUCCCCUUUGCAGAAUACUCACCUGCACCGAUUGGACAUACUAAAGCUUCCCUGAACUCCCUUUAUUUUUACAAGCAAAGCUAACUUAGCCUCUUAUUUUAGCCAUCACAUAACAAACUCUAGCACAUUUUGGUAAAUUAUUUGAAAAUAUUUGUUGACCAAAUGAAGAGCCAUCCAGAAACAGCACCCCUGAGCACAUUUCUUUAAGGAAACAAGUUGAGUUAGUAAUAUUCACAAAGCAGAAAGUACAGCAAGCCUGAGGCUGCUGUUGUGCUUGCUGGUCUCCCAGUUAGUGAAGACAGAGGCUCAGCCUCUGGUCUUUGGGAACCAAGCAACUGGAAGGAUGUGCUCCAGCUUCCAGUCUGGAAUAUGUUGAACACUGCUCAAGUGGAAAUGGGGAAGAAAAUCCCAACUUCAACCUGCAGGGGAGCAGAUUGGUGGCUCCUCUGUGUCCCAGCAGCAUCAACCUCCACCUCCUUGCACUGGUAAGACCAUCAAUAUAUUGUGCUGUUCCAGCCACCUCUUGUUGCCCCUUUAUAGAGCCUCAGAAGAUAGGGUGUUUUUAAAGCCUCCUGUAGAUGGGAAAUAGGUGAGAACACUGUAAGAAAAGGUGCCUGCAACUUUUGGUGAUUGGAACCUUUGUCUUUAAUUGGAGUCAGGAAGAGGUGACCUUGACCACAGCAACUGCUGCCAUCCACCUGAAUUUCAAGUAGUGAAAUGCUGUAGUGGAACCUAAUCAGAUUCCCCUUUGCCCAUUUAAAAAAAAAAUCAGGUUCCUAUCAUUUCUGGAAUUAUGCUAAUCCUAAAACAGGCAGUGGCUGUUCGAGGGAACCUGUUACACACAGAACCUGCAUUCAUGAAGGCAUUAUGAAGUGCUGCUAUAAGAGAGACCCACUUGGAGCUAGCAGAGACAAGAUGCUCCCA